AUGGUCGACUACCGCUACAAUGGAGGAGGCCGAUCAGGCCGCCAAGCUCGUCGACCUCCGGAAAAUUAUCAGAGGGCUCAGCAGAGCACGCCGUACAAGUACUACAUUCAUGUGGGACUCAACGUCCAAGGCCUCCAAGAGAGAGACGAACUUCGGGAGGCGUAUAGUGCGCUCUCGUACGAUGAAGAUGUCACCAUCUGCACCUCGUCAAGGGCUGUACCCCGCGGUAAAGGAGUACUCAUCGAAAUCUAUAUCGCUGAUCAGCCGAGUAUCAGGAAUGUCAAAAACUUUGCCCUGCAGAAACUCCGCGAUGGCAUGGCGGGGAGGCGGGGAGGUCGCGAUGGGGUCAGACGUUGGCCUCGAGGCACCGAGUCUAGAGAGUUCUGGAGACUGUAUCCUAACUCUAGAUGA